CACUACGGACAAACCUUUCGAACCACCCCCGCUUGGUCCAUUGCGAUAAACCACCGAAAUACCUGUCGUCAAUUCUUUCGUCGCAUUCCGUCUACCUGAUCCCCCUCCGCGGCCGUCUGUUGGCCGCUCUCCGUCCACAAUGUCGUCCAUCGCCGACGCCGUCAUUCAGUCCGAGCUGGGCUCGACGACCGGAUCUCGUGAUUAUCGCCUCCAUUCCGACCAGCUCCCAAGCUCGAGACCGCAGCCCAUGUCCGAGAGCAAUGGGCCGAUGAGCGAUGCGCAUGGCUUUCCCGAUGACCAGGUCCCCGAGACCGGUACGUCGACCACCAGUCGCCUGCGAAAUCCCUACCUUCCAGGACCACCCCCGCUAGUCGAUCUUGCGGGCGAGAAAGUACGCCAGACCUUCGAAGAGUUCCUCGAGACCUACGUCGACAAGCCGCCACCUAAUGCCCCUCCUCCGACCCCGUCGCAAACCACCAGCGACAAAUACUACGUCGCUCAGAUCCAGGGCAUGCAGAAAUAUGGGCUAUCAACUCUUUACGUCGAUUUCGCGCACCUGAUGUCGUUGGACAGCCAGACUCUGGCCGACGCCAUUACGAGCCGCUAUUAUCGGUUCCAGCCUUUCCUGACGCAAGCCUUGCACAAUUUGAUUUCCAAAUAUGCUCCUGAAUACUUCGCCGUUCAUCGCCAGAUCGAUCCUUCCAACCAGGGGGCAACAUCGUCAAUGCUAACGGCCGGUGCAAGCACAAGUGAGGAUAAAGAGGACCCCGCCGAGGUGGAGAAAAAUCACCGACAAAAGACACGCCACCAGCAGACCGACAAACUCUUCUCCUUGGCUUUCUACAACUUGCCCCUGGUUUCUCGGCUUCGUCAACUACGGACCUCUCAGAUUGGACACUUGCUGUCAGUGUCGGGCACUGUCACGAGAACGUCCGAGAUUCGCCCCGAGUUGUCGUUGGGAACCUUCAUUUGCGAACAGUGCAAGACGGUUGUUCCGGAUGUAGAACAGACUUUCAAGUACACAGAGCCCUCGAAAUGUCCGAACAACGUCUGUGGCAACCGAUCUGGGUGGAGACUCGACAUCGGUAAAAGUACCUUUGUCGAUUGGCAAAAGGUGAAACUGCAGGAAUCGUCCCAUGAAAUCCCCACGGGUAGCAUGCCCCGCACCAUGGAUGUGAUCCUUCGUGGUGAGAUGGUGGACCGUGCCAGGGCUGGUGAGCGAUGCAUUUUUACCGGUACUCUGAUCGUCAUUCCUGAUGUGAGCCAAUUGGGUCUUCCUGGUGUACGCCCGGAGGCUGUCCGCGACGAUAGUGUCCGUUCUGGAGAGAUUGGAGGCGGGGGGGUCUCAGGCCUCAAGGCUCUUGGUGCUAAAGAUUUGACCUAUCGACUUGCUUUCUUGUCUUGCAUGGUUAUCCCUGAUAUGUCCACUCCUGGUCAGCGGUCACAGCCGGCGAAUGGCCAGCCGCAAAACAUCAUGAACACGUUGAAUCCCACGGACGACGAUGUGUCUGAGGACAAUGCUCAAGCAGCAUUCCUUCAAACCCUUACUGAAUGGGAGAUUGACGACAUGAAGAAGCUUGUCAAUUCCGAGUACAUCUAUUCCCGUCUCGUGGAUUCCAUUGCACCUAUGGUUUAUGGACACCGACAGAUCAAGAAGGGAUUGCUUCUCCAGCUUAUCGGCGGUGUUAGCAAGACCACACAGCAAGAGAGCAUGCAACUUCGUGGUGAUAUUAACAUCUGUAUCGUUGGCGAUCCGUCGACGAGCAAGAGUCAGUUCCUGAAAUACAUUUGCUCGUUGCACCCUCGUGCUGUCUAUACCAGUGGUAAAGCCUCAUCCGCCGCUGGUUUGACUGCCUCAGUUGUCAAAGAUGCCGAGACCGGAGAAUUCACCAUCGAAGCUGGUGCCCUGAUGCUUGCUAACGGAGGCGGCAUUUGUGCUAUCGACGAGUUCGACAAAAUGGACAUCGGCGAUCAGGUGGCUAUUCACGAAGCCAUGGAACAGCAAACCAUCUCAAUCGCCAAGGCUGGCAUCCACACUACUCUCAAUGCCCGAGCAUCCAUCCUUGCUGCCGCAAACCCCAUCGGGGGCCGAUACAACCCCAAGGUACCAUUGCGAGCAAACCUCAACUUCAGCGCUCCCAUUAUGAGUCGAUUUGAUCUCUUCUUCGUGAUCCGAGAUGAGCCCAAUGAGACGGUGGACCGCAACCUGGCGGACCACAUUAUCAACGUGCACAUGAACCGCGACGAAGCCGUGGAGCCCGAACUGAGCACCGAGCAACUGCAACGGUAUAUCCGCUUCGCUCGCACAUUCAAGCCGGUGUUCACCGACGAGGCCAAGGCACUUCUCGUCGAAAAGUACAAGGAGCUUCGAGCCAACGACGCCCAAGGUGGUAUGGGCCGGUCCUCUUACCGCAUCACGGUCCGACAGCUUGAAUCCUUGAUCCGUCUCUCCGAAGCCGUCGCCAAGGCGAACUGCGUGGAAGAGAUCGUGCCCAAAUAUGUGCGCGAGGCCUACGACCUUCUCCGCCAGAGCAUCGUCACCGUCGAGAAAGACGACGUCGAAGUCGACGACGAAGAAAACGCCGAAGCCCACGAAGAAGAUGAGGAAAUGGGCGAGACGGCCGAUCACGGCGAAAGCGACAGCCCUAUGCGCGAUCUGCCCGCCGAGGAGCAGGUCAGGCAGCCCCGCGAAAAGACCAAGAUCACUUUCGACAAGUACAUGAAGAUCCUGAACUUCAUGGUGCAACGGCUCAGCCAGGACGAGGCCGCGUCGGGCGAGGGUGUCGAACAAGAGGACCUGAUCGUCUGGUACCUUGAACAGGUUGAGUCGGAGCUGAACACCGAGGAGGACUUGCAACGGGAGCGCUCCUUGUCGGCUAAGGUCUUGAAGCGCAUGGUUAAGGAUAACAUCGUCAUGCCCAUCCGAGGCGAAGGCCUAGUUGACACGGAAACUGACGAGGCCCAGGGAGAACAACUGCAGCGGAUAGUUUAUGUUCUGCACCCCAAUUGUGCGGCUGAUGAGUUAGUGUUUAAUGCCUAGGUUAAGGUUAAGAUUAAGAGUAAUGAUAAAUAUGCAUACGUUUAUUGAAGACGAG